CUUCUCCCUCGGCUGCCGGUGCCUCUCGCUCCCCUUGCGCAGACGGGCGGGGCUGCGGGGUCGGCCUCCAAAGGGAUGCUCUCGCCGGACCGGCGACACCAACCCCGCUCGCCCCCCGCCGCCGCCGCGCCGCACCCGCCGACGGCCCCCGACAUGGCUCUGUACUGCGGCGACAACUUCGGGGUGUACGCGCAGCCCGGCCUCCCGCCGCCCAACGCCGCCGCCACCCCGGGCGCGCCCCCCGCCGCCAGGGCGUCCUACACGCUGGCCGACUACGCGACGCCGCCCGCCGCCGCCAACCCCUACCUGUGGCUCAACGGGCCCGGGGUGGGCGGCUCGCCUACGGCCGCCGCGUACCUGGGCGCCCCGCCGCCGCCGCCCGGGGGCGCCGCGGGCCCCUUCCUGCAGCCGCCCUCGGCCGCCGGUACCUUCGCCUGCGCGCAGCGCUCCUUCGCGCAGCCCGCGCCCGCCGCGCCGGCCUCGCCCGCCGGCCCCGCCGCCUCCGGGGAGCUGGGCUGGCUGUCCAUGGCCAGCCGCGAGGACCUGAUGAAGAUGGUGCGGCCGCCCUACUCGUACUCCGCGCUCAUCGCCAUGGCCAUCCAGAGCGCGCCCGAGCGCAAGCUCACGCUCAGCCACAUCUACCAGUUUGUGGCCGACAGCUUCCCGUUCUACCAGCGCAGCAAGGCCGGCUGGCAGAACUCCAUCCGCCACAACCUGUCACUCAACGACUGCUUCAAGAAGGUGCCCCGGGACGAGGACGACCCAGGGAAAGGUAAUUACUGGACCCUGGAUCCCAACUGUGAGAAAAUGUUUGACAAUGGCAACUUCCGAAGGAAGCGAAAGCGCCGCUCUGAGGCCAGCAGUAGCUCCACGGUUGCUGCAGGAGCACUGAAAUCAGAAGAAGGGAUGUCAUCCUCAGGAUUGGGGUCUGGAGUGGUUGGGAAGCCAGAAGGAAACAGCCCCUCUGCUUUGCUAAGGCCUUCUCAGUCACCAGAGCCUCCAGAGGGCACCAAGAGUACUGCCUCCUCCCCUGGAGGAACCAUGCUCAGCUCCACUCCAUGUCUCAACACCUUCCUCAGCAGCCUCAGCCCCUUAACCAGCGGAAGCACCCAGCGCACUCUUCCUGGCAGCCGCCACCUAGGAAUUCAGGGUGCCCAGCUGUCCUCCAGCAGCACAUUCUCCCCUAGCUCCAUCUCCGAGACCUCACCAGACACAUUACAGCUAAAUAACAACUCCAACACCAGCAGUAGCCAGAGAGCUUCAUAUUAUAGCCCGUUUCCUCCCAGCACCAGCGGGGGGCAAAGCAACCCUUUCAGCAACCCUUUCUACAAUUUCAGCAUGGUCAACAGCCUCGUUUAUCCCCGGGAAGGCUCAGAGGUAUAGAGUUCUGCUUCUCAGACAUGAAUAAUCCCACCUGAGAUUGUAUUAAAAUGCCUGAAUCCAAGACUAUAGGUCUGGUUGAGGUUAGGGUCUGCAUUGCCCUGGAACAUUUUCAGGGUGGUCCUGGGAUCACACUGCCUGAGUUCUCCACACUGCCUGUGUGCAUGGGUAUCCUAGAUGACUUUACAACCUGGCAGCUGUUUCAAGUUUCUCUCUAUAAAAGGGGUCUCCUUGAAGAGAAACCCACCUUACCCUGUUCCUAGGAUAAUAGCUGUGAGCCCUGUGGGGCCAGGGACCAAAUCUGAUUUGUUCAUUGUGUGUUACAUAUCAGGUUUUCAGGCUUAACCAUGUGUAGGGGCUGGCCCCAAGACUUAAGUGAAUGAAGUUUUGGGUAGGAAAAAAGUAGCAAAAACAGGGAGUGGCUGGCUGGUGGGUCAACCAGCUGUUGUGGGCAGCUAGGUGUCUUCUUACUGGCAACUUUGUUUUUCUAGAAAAGUCAGAUAUCUGGGUUUUUUAAUGUUUUUCUUUAUUGAGAUAAUACCAGUUUACACUUAUUAAAUGUCUGGACUUGUAUAGGACACCUCCAUUUUUGUUCUUUGCAUCUAAAGUUUUAAAAAUAAGUAGUCAUGUACGUCAUGACAUUUUAGCCAACUAGUGACGACUGUGUGUGAAGAUGGUCCCAAAAAUCCAAUUGCCUAGUGAUGUCAUUCUCAUACACUUUCUAUACCUUUUUUAAAAAUUUUAUUUAUUUUAUUUUAUCUCAUACAGCUCUUUGAUAGCUUCAUUUCCCCUGGUACUUGAUUUAAUCUCAUGUUUUGCCCAUCAUAUUCCCCUCACUGAACAGAAUCUAUUGCUGUUACUUUCCACACUGAAAUAACCGAAGAAUCCGUUUCCCCUCAUUAAAUGAUAUAUGGCUGUGCUAGGAAACACUACUAGUUGCCAAACUUUAUCUGGCUCAUGGCUUCCCUCUGUUCAGUGCUUCGUAUAGCAUUGUUACUAAUUACAAUAGAACUGUCUAAGCAAGUCCUGUGUACCAGGCAUGGUUGUAGAUUCUUGAUGUGAAUGCUUGCUACCCCUGAUUUUCUAUAUGGUGAAAAUGAAACUCUUUAAGAUGUCAGAUUAACUUUCCCAAAACUGUACAAGGAAUUAUAGAACCAGGGUUGCAUCCAGGCAGUUCUUUGUUGUAGUUCUUGAAAAUAGUAGUGAAGAUGCCAUUAUCUAGAGAUAGAUAUGGUAUCUAUGUGGCAUGUAAGACACCAGGUCCUCUUUUUUGACCAAAUACUGAAAUCUCACUUGAUGUUCCCUUGCAUGGAAGUGAACACCAUCUCUGCCUUACUUUUAUUUUUAUCCAGAGUACUACUUAGCUUUGGCUUAUGGUGGUGCAGAGGAUUGAACCUGGCAUCUUAGAGCCUCAGGCAUGAGAGUCUUAUUUCC